UGAAAAAAAAGUCGAUGGGGAUGGGAGGCGCGUAACGGUUAAUGGAUUUCGGCGGCGCGUGCGACCGCGACGCACGGUUCGGCGCGUGCGUUCUCAGCGUAGACCAAGUAUUCACCCUCCUAUAUAUUUCGAGGAAGCACGAGAUGAACCGGUAAACGGCACGCGAUUUUCGCAGCAGCAACAACCACCACCACCACAACAACAACAACAACAACAACAACAACAAUCCUUGGUGCUUCAACUUGCGAAUCUCGAGAGUGAACGACGACAUGACGUCUCACCGUGCAUUCGCUCUUCUAUCGGUCCUGGUCCUCUCGAUGGUCGUCGACUGGGCAACGACCGUGCAGGCUGAAACGAGCCCCCUGCGGAGAGAGUUUUACGGGCCGAGUAACCCGGAAUUCUUCGCCGAGUUUCUCGACGGUCAUGGUUCGCCACGAGCAUCGUCGAGCAACGUUCCGGCAAAGAGUGCCGCGAGUGAGGAGGAUCGGUUCUCGCGGAACCUCGAUCAGAUCGGCGGCGGCAACCUGUUGCGCCGGGGGCUGACCUCGUCGUUCCUCGACGGCCGACGAUGGCUGCCGUCGCGAAGGAAUCUCGAUCAGAUCGGAGGCGGGAAUCUGCUUCGAAGCGCGGACGAUCGGGGCGAGCGGAACAUGGACAGGAAAUUUCUCGUUCGUGGCCUCGGCGAUGGUUUGCCGUUCAGCAGGAGGAACUUGGAUCAAAUCGGCGGUGGGAAUUUGGUGCGAGACUUGGCCGACAACGACGACAACGACGUAGAAGAGAUUCGAGCAGAUUCUAUUACGAGGAAACAACGCGAUCAUCGUCGGGAUAACGGCCUCGGCUUCGCCUCCGGAUCGAGCACGUAUCUCGACGACGACGACGACGACAACGACAACGACAACGAGAACAACGUGAACGAGUGGUCGGCUUCCAGCAAGCCGAUCGCGCUCCUCCCCACCGACCGAGAACUCCUCGAACGAUUCGUCAAGCGAAACAUCGACGAGAUCGACCGGACAGCAUUCGACAAUUUCUUCAAGCGAAACCUCGACGAGGUAGGUCGCGUCGGCUGGAACGGAUUCGUCAAGAGACUGGCCGACUACCUGACCACCAACGGCGGCAGAGGCAACGUCCUGGCACGCCGCGGCUAACAACGCUACUCUCGCUACUUUCUGUUCCCCCGAAUCAUCUUUCAUCACCGCCCUCUCUCUCCCCUUUCUCGUCAAUUUCUUUUCGCGUCGCAACACCGAGAGCGGAAGAAGAACACACAGUGAGAGAAUUUAUUUGCUCGAUCUCGAUUCACCGAGAAGACGAACCUCCGGCAUUGUGGCGACUCGAACUUUCCGCGCCAUUUCCCGAGCUCCGCACGUUGAGAAUUUCGACAGAGGGUUCCGUGUCGUCGGCUCCUCCUCCUUCACUUCUUCGUCCCGUUGCUGCUCGUUCCUUUCUCGCGCCGCGUUUCGCCUCUCUCGCAAACCGUCGACGCUUCUUCUUUCGGCAGCGGCGACCACCUUCUCGAUCUCCGUGCUCACGUCGAUCGGUGUCUCGACAUUGGCGUUCUCUCGAUUACCAUCCAUACGUACCAG